CUAGAUUACCCUCCCUUUCAAAUCCCGUCUCGCUCGCUCUAUUUCCCUGUCGCGGAAAAUAAGAAGAUAGGAUUUUCAGGUCGUCUCUAGAUUUCCUCUCCCUACGCAACCGUUGCGGGAAGCGGAACAUGGCCUUCGCCUCUUUUCUUGGCAGAGUCCUCUUCGCCUCCGUUUUCAUACUCUCUGCUUACCAAGAAUUCAAUGAAUAUGGGGUUGACGGGGGAGCUGCAUCGAAGGCACUUAGACCAAAGUUUGAUGCUUUUGCACAUCAGUUCCAUUCUCAUGUUGGCUUCCAACUUCCAGAAAUUGAUAUUAAAUAUUUAGUUGCUGGAGCUAUUGCACUCAAGGGGAUUGGGGGUCUGCUUUUUAUCUUUGGAAGUGCCUUUGGAGCUGUCCUUCUGCUUCUGCAUCAGAUGAUUGCGACUCCAAUACUGUAUGACUUCUACAAUUAUGACAACGAGGGCAAAGAAUUCAAUCAACUUUUCAUCAAAUUUACACAGAAUAUGGCUCUUUUUGGGGCUCUGUUGUUUUUCAUUGGAAUGAAAAACUCCAUUCCUAAAAGGCAGCCCAAGAAGAAGGUUCCCAAAACAAAAACCUAUUAGUGGCAUCAAUCGGGAGUUUCUCAGGUUACUUGCUGGUUCUUGCCAUUCCUUAACCCUCCAAGAUAUGGCCAGGGUUCGUCGUGUCUGGUUCAGAGCCAAUUUUCACUCUUCAAUUUUUUUUCUUUAAUUUAUGGUUUCUCUUUUGGGCAGAGAGGUUAGGAACUAUCUUUCAAUAGCUAGGCUAAGGCUUUGUCUGCCGAGAGAGAAAAAGUAAAGUCCAAAGCCUGUGCUUUUCAAACUUCGAGUGUCAUUCUUGAUUUUUGUUCUGUUCUGGCGAUCUUGGUAUUAGUUUCAGGCACAAGAACUCUUAGAAGUUGCUACUAUCUUGAAACCUAACUGGAUCUGUAGGUCAGCUUCUUUCUUUAUUUAUUUAUUUUUUUGGCGCUA